AUGGCAUAUAACCCUUAUAAUAUUUCUACUUAUAGCCGAUUUAAUUUAUCGGAUAGUAAAUCUGAUAUACAGGUUUUGGUCAGAGAAUAUGGCUAUCGAGUAAAUAAACAAAUUGUAAGAGAAGAGGAACACGAAAUUUCGGGAUUUAUCUCUUUUGUUGAAAAAAAGCCAAAAUCAAUAGAGGACACUUGGAUCCAAGAUAAUUAUGAAAGAUUUUUUAAAGAUACACCUAAUAAGAACAUUGCUGUUUUGAGUUAUUUGUCUGAGUCAGGAUUCAUUACCUCUUUACUAUACUCUCCGAAAGGUGAAUUUCUAAUCGCUGGCCAUUCAACAGGUUUAAUUCAGAUGCGCCAUGGGAGUACAGGAGUAGUACUCUGUACGCUGCGCAACAUCCAGUAUCCACCGAAACCCGUUUAUGCUUUAGAAUACAGUCGUUCAGAAGAAAGGGUUUGCUACGCUGCGUGCACUGACGGCGCCAUCUAUCGAAUCGAAAUACCUAACCUUCACACAUCGAUAGACGAUCCUCCAGAAUAUUGCAUCCGCGCGGAUCCCGCGCUAGAGUGCUUUAACACACAAUUUUACGGAGCUCCUGGUAUUUCUUCCUCCUCGACGCCGUUCAUCACACAAAGAUGCCCGGCGCUCUCCUUGGGAAUAAUGUCUGACCAGACGAAAAUGGCCGUCGGUUACGGUGAUACGUCCAUAAAAAUCUACGAUAUGGAAACUCAAGAGGUGGAUCUAACGUACAAGGUUCACAAGUUACGUCUGCAGUUCAUACCGAAGAAGCUUCAGAGGAUGCAUUAUGGAGCUGUUUGUGCACUUCGAUGUCACGAUCAAAAACCAUUCAUGUUUGCCAGCGGAGCUUGGGAUAAUACGUUAAGGAUUUGGGACGUAAGAUGCAAGGUCGGAUGUGUUAUGACAUUCGAAGGUGUCAACAUUUGCAGCGACAGCAUUGAUUUAAACAGGGAUCACUGCAUUGCCGGUAGCUGGCAGCCGACACAGGCCCUUACAGUAUGGGAUUUAGUUGCCAAGAAAAGACUGCACAUCAUACGAGCUCAGAACAGGCGUCCAAAUGUCGACGGAGAAUAUAUUUAUGCGUGUCGAUAUUGGAAAUCAAAACAGUUCAACAGAAAAGGUAAAUACGCUAUCAUCGGCGGUAGCGGUACAGACUGUCUCGAAGUUAUAAACUUGCACAACCGAUACAUAACGUGUUCUUAUCCAGCUGCGGGCGCCAUUUUGGCUGUCACCAGCCAUGAGAAUAGAAUUGCCUUCGCGGGCACUGCCCCCGUUUUCAGCAUAGUAAGUUUUCAUGACCCGAAGCACGAGCCGUACAAAUUAGAGGACGAAUCCCAGUGUGACUUCAACAUCAAAGACCUGACGUGGUUUGACGAGAUUGAUCGGAAUAAUUCUGUAGGCGUUACCGAUCGUAAGUCACAGGCUACUAAAGCUGGUUCUAUAAUGAGUCAACCCCCUGUUUUGUCGAUCAAUCAAAAUUUAACUCGAUAA